AGGGAGUGAGGGAAGACACCAGUGGAGCUGUCGGGGAGCACGCAGGACGGAGUCCCCGCGGGCGGCAUGUCCUGAGCGGCCGGAGCCGCAGGAGCCGCGGGGGGGCCGGGGCGAGAGGCGGGGAUGCUCCUGCCCCGUCUCCGCUCUUCUUCCUCGGUCGUCAGUGUCGGAGCGUCCCGCUCUCCUCUCCCUCUCCCGCCACCGCUGCAGCCGCCGUCAUGGCUCGAGGCUUCGAGGACGAGCCGUCCAGCCGCUACGGGGGCCCCGCGGGGCCGGGCCGGGGCCCCCCGGGGGCCCCCCGGGUCUACAAGCAGACGAUGGCCCAGCGGGCCCGGACCAUGGCCCUGUACAACCCCAACCCCGUCCGGCAGAGCUGCCUCUCCGUCAACCGCUCCCUGUUCCUCUUCAGCGAGGACAACGUCGUCAGGAAGUACGCCAAAAAGAUCACCGAGUGGCCUCCGUUCGAGUACAUGAUCCUGGCCACCAUCAUAGCCAACUGCAUCGUCCUGGCCCUGGAGCAGCACCUGCCGGCCUCCGACAAAACCCCCAUGUCAGAGCGUCUGGACGACACAGAGCCUUAUUUUAUUGGAAUAUUUUGUUUCGAGGCUGGGAUCAAGAUCAUCGCCCUGGGCUUUGCGUUUCACAAAGGCUCCUACCUACGUAAUGGCUGGAAUGUAAUGGACUUUGUGGUGGUCUUAACAGGGAUCCUGGCCACGGCGGGGGCCGACUUCGAUCUGAGGACCCUGAGAGCAGUGAGGGUCCUGCGGCCCCUAAAACUCGUCUCCGGCAUUCCAAGUCUUCAGGUUGUCCUAAAGUCCAUCAUGAAGGCCAUGGUACCUCUGCUACAGAUCGGCCUACUCCUCUUCUUCGCCAUCCUCAUGUUCGCAAUCAUCGGCCUUGACUUCUACAUGGGCAAGUUCCACUACACCUGCUUCAGAUCAGACUCAGGUGAGCAGGUAGCAGAUUUCCCGUGUGGCCAGGAGGCUCCGGCGAGGACCUGCGGCAACGGCUCCGUCUGCAGGGACUACUGGAUCGGCCCCAGCUACGGCAUCACCAACUUCGACAACAUCCUCUUCGCUGUUCUCACCGUGUUCCAGUGCAUCACCAUGGAGGGAUGGGUGGACAUCCUCUACAACGCGAAUGAUGCUUCAGGGAACACGUGGAACUGGCUGUACUUCAUCCCCCUCAUCAUCAUCGGGUCCUUCUUCAUGCUGAACCUGGUGCUGGGCGUGCUGUCGGGGGAGUUUGCAAAGGAACGGGAGCGAGUGGAGAAGAGGCAAGAAUUCCUGAAGCUCCGCCGGCAGCAGCAGAUUGAGAGAGAGUUGACGGGUUACCUGGAGUGGAUCUGCAAAGCAGAGGAGGUGAUGCUGGCUGAGGAAGACAAGCAUGCAGAGGAGAAGUCGCUGGAUGGAGCAUGGUACAAAAAGAAACACAACAACUCUGUGUUGAAAAGGACUAAAAAGAGUAAGAAUGACCUCAUCAGUGCAGAGGAGGGCGACGACCACUUCACAGACAUCUCAUCUGUUGCUCCCCCAGGGUCACCGUUUGCACGAGCGAGUGUGAAGAGCAAGAACGAGAACUCCUCUUAUUUCCGGAGGAAAGCGAAGAGGAUUCGGUUCACCACCCGCCGUCUGGUCAAGUCCCAGAGCUUCUACUGGACGGUGUUGUGUCUCGUUGGCCUCAACACGCUGUGUGUAGCCAUAGUGCACUACGACCAGCCCGAGUGGCUCACCUACGCACUCUACCUGGCUGAGUUUGUGUUCUUGGGCCUGUUCCUGGCUGAGAUGUCCAUGAAGAUGUACGGCCUCGGCCCCCAGAACUACUUCCACUCCUCCUUCAACUGCUUUGAUUUUGGGGUCAUCAUCGGCAGCAUCUUUGAGGUGAUCUGGGCUGCCAUCAAACCCGGGGCCUCGUUCGGGAUCAGCGUUCUGCGAGCACUGAGACUUCUCCGGAUCUUCAAAGUCACCAAGUACUGGAACUCUCUGAGGAACCUGGUUGUAUCCCUGCUCAACUCCAUGAAGUCCAUCAUCAGCUUGUUGUUCCUUCUCUUCCUCUUCAUCGUGGUCUUCGCUCUGCUCGGCAUGCAGCUGUUUGGCGGCCAAUUUAACUUUGACGAUGAAACGCCAACGACCAACUUUGACACCUUCCCAGCAGCCAUUCUCACGGUGUUUCAGAUCCUGACCGGGGAGGACUGGAACGCCGUCAUGUACCACGGCAUCGAGUCACAGGGGGGAGUGCACGGGGGAAUGUUCUCCUCCAUUUACUUCAUCGUCCUUACUCUCUUUGGAAACUAUACACUCCUAAAUGUCUUUUUGGCCAUUGCUGUUGAUAAUCUUGCAAAUGCCCAGGAGCUCACUAAGGAUGAAGAAGAACAGGAGGAGGCCAUCAACAAGAAGUUGGCCAUGCAGAAGGCCAAGGAGGUGAAGGAGGUCAGCCCCAUGUCGGCUACUAACAUUUCCAUCACAGCGAGUUAUGUCUGCACCCCAGUCCAUCACUACCUGAGUAAGGAGCAGCUAAGGCCAGUGAAGAUGAUAUCAGUGUGGGAGCAGAGGGCCAACCAGAUGAGGAAACAGAACUGGGCGAGCUGUGAGGCUCUGUACAACGAACUGGAGUCAGAAGAGCGUAUCCGCCUGUCGUCGGCCCUUCACAUCCGGCCUGACAUGAAGACCCACCUGGACCGGCCCCUGGUGGUUGAGUCCAGCGACGGGGCUCUGCAGGGCGGUCACCAGCAUCACCACCACAAGACCUACACACCAGAGGAAGGCAAGACUACUACCGAUCCACCUUCAUCUCCUCGCCAUUCCCACCAUCGCCACCACCGCCACCCAGACAGAGGUCGCGCCAAAUCCAAGGAGGAGGCCAACGACAACGGUGGCCCUGGGAAGGAGGGGAGGCGCCACGUCCAUCACAUUCGCUCCAAAGAGCACGACUGCAGCCGGAGCAAAGACGGCAAGAGCGAGAGGUCACGUAGUCGAGAGGGAGGCGGGAUGCAGCACCAUCAGAGUUCAGUGGAGGACGGUGGAGGUAGAGGAGUCACCGGUGAGAAACACCGUCAUCAUCACUCUCAUCGACAGUCCCGAGGGGGCAAUGGGACGGUGAACAACGAUGGAAAGGGAGAGCGAAGAUCCCGUCGCAAAGAUGGACGUUCAUCUAACAGAGAGGUGGACAGGAACUCCAGAGGCCAAAGUGUGACUAAUGGAGAGAGAAGGAGGCAUCGCACUCAUGGGUCCCGGGGCCAGACCACGGCUGGAGGAGAGGAGCCCACGGAGAAGGAGAAGAUCCACAGUCACAGGUUUGGUGACUCGGAGGGAGACUCGUCAGCCAUCUCCCCCCAGCAGGAAACCAGUUUCCCGGCUGACCAUCCAGAGGACUCGGACAACCAGAAGAAUAUUAGAAGAACCAGCCAAUCCUCUGUUCACAUUCCCCCUGUGACCAUCACCUCCCCACCUGGAGAGACCACCCUGAUACAAAUGAACAGUAUUGACUGUGAAAUGAUGCCCAUGAAUGAGAAGGCCCUGGAGGAUUUGUGCCAAACGGGACCCAAACCCAUCCUGCCGUACAGUUCCAUGUUCAUGUUUGGACAGACCAAUCCGGUGAGGCGGUUAUGUCACUACAUUGUGACUCUGCGGUAUUUUGAAAUGUCCAUCCUGGUUGUCAUUGCCAUGAGUAGCAUCGCUCUGGCAGCAGAGGACCCCGUCUGGACUAACGCGCCUCGCAACCAGGUGCUCAAAUAUCUGGACUACGCCUUCACUGGUGUUUUCACUUUUGAAAUGGUGAUCAAAAUGGUGGACCUGGGCCUCCUGCUCCAUCCAGGAUCUUACUUCAGAGACCUGUGGAACAUCCUAGACUUCAUCGUGGUCAGUGGGGCCCUGGUGGCUUUUGCCUUUUCGAGCUUCAUGGGUAGAUCGCAGCAAGGUGUGACCAGGGGGACUAAAGGCAAAGACAUCAGCACCAUCAAGUCCCUGAGGGUUCUCCGGGUACUCCGGCCUCUCAAGACCAUCAAGCGUCUGCCAAAACUCAAGGCGGUGUUUGACUGUGUGGUCAACUCUUUGAAAAACGUGCUGAACAUCCUUAUUGUUUACAUCCUCUUCAUGUUCAUUUUUGCGGUUAUCGCAGUCCAGCUCUUCAAGGGGAAAUUCUUCUAUUGCACCGAUGAGUCGAAAGGCCUGGAGAAGGACUGCAAAGGACAGUUUCUGGACUACGACAAAGAGGAGGUGUCAGCCAUGCCCAGAGAGUGGAGAAAGUACGAGUUCCACUAUGACAACGUGCUGUGGGCGUUCCUCACUCUCUUCACCGUCUCCACCGGGGAAGGCUGGCCCACCGUUUUGAAGCACUCUGUGGAUGCCACAUUCGAAGACGAGGGUCCCAGUCCCGGAUACCGAAUAGAAAUCUCCAUCUUCUACGUGGUCUACUUUGUGGUUUUCCCUUUCUUCUUUGUCAACAUCUUUGUGGCUUUGAUCAUUAUCACCUUCCAGGAGCAGGGAGACAAAGCCCUGUCUGAGUGCAGCUUGGAAAAGAACGAGAGAGCUUGUAUUGACUUUGCCAUAAAUGCCAGACCUUUGACGCGCUACAUGCCUGAGAACACGCAGUCCUUCCAGUACAGGAUGUGGAAGUUCGUUGUCUCAGCUCCAUUCGAGUACUCUAUCAUGAUCAUGAUAGCUCUCAACACCGUGGUACUCAUGAUGAAGUUCCAUGGAGCUCCAGAUUUCUAUGAAGCGUUGCUGAAGAACCUCAACAUUGUAUUUACGACUCUGUUCUCUCUUGAGUGCAUUCUGAAGAUCAUUGCUUUUGGUCCACUGAACUACUUGAAGGACGCCUGGAACAUGUUUGACUUUGUGACGGUGUUGGGCAGCAUCACAGACAUCCUAGUCACAGAAAUCAAUACUACGAACAAGCUGCUGAACCUGAGCUUCCUGAGACUGUUCAGAGCUGCUCGCCUCAUCAAGCUGCUGAGACAAGGCUACACCAUCCGCAUCCUGCUGUGGACCUUUGUCCAGUCCUUUAAGGCCCUGCCGUACGUGUGCCUGCUGAUCGCCAUGCUGUUCUUCAUCUACGCCAUCAUUGGGAUGCAGGUCUUUGGCAAUAUUGAGCUGAACGACGACACAGCAAUCACUCACCACAACAAUUUCCGCACGUUCCUCCAGGCUCUCAUGCUGCUUUUCAGGAGCGCUACCGGAGAAGCCUGGCACGAGAUCAUGUUGUCUUGUCUGAGUCACCGAGCCUGUGAUGAGCAGGCAGGCUCUGGGAAAACAUGUGGCAGUGAUUUUGCUUACUUCUACUUUGUCUCCUUCAUCUUCCUUUGCUCCUUCCUGAUGCUGAACCUGUUUGUGGCUGUCAUAAUGGAUAACUUUGAGUACCUUACCCGAGACUCCUCUAUCCUAGGGCCUCAUCACCUCGAUGAAUUCAUUCGGGUUUGGGCUGAAUACGACCCAGCUGCUUGUGGCCGUAUCAAGUACCUCGAUAUGUAUCAGAUGCUGCUCCACAUGCCCCCACCCUUAGGUUUGGGGAAGAAAUGCCCACCAAGAAUCGCCUACAAGCGCCUCGUCAAAAUGAACAUGCCCAUUGCUGAUGACACCACGGUUCACUUCACCUCCACCCUGAUGGCUCUGAUCCGCACCGCGCUGGAGAUCAAACUGGCCUCAGGAAUGGUCGUCCAGCGAUUGUUGGAUGCUCAGUUAAAGAAAGAGUUGUCUACAGUUUGGCCCAACCUCUCCCAAAAGAGCAUGGAUCUGUUGGUGACGCCACACAAGCCCAAUGAGUUGACGGUAGGAAAGGUUUACGCUGCGCUGAUGAUCUUCGACUAUUACAAGCAGAAUCGCGCGAGGAGGCUGCAGCUGCAGCAGCACAGCGGCUCCAACUCGCAGUGCAAGGUGGGCGCUCUGUUUAAGCCCUUGCUGCCUCUGACUCACAUGCAGGAGAGCAACAUGAUAAACAGUGAGGUUCCUCCCAGCAUGCCUCAGCUCCAGAACAAACCCAAUUCCAAACCCCAUCCACUGACCAGUCCCAGCUCCAACUCUCUCAACAACAAAGGCACACCGUCCAGUUAUGAUCACAGGAUCAGGUCGUCAUCGUCCUGGGGGAUGGAAAAGCACAAGGAAGUGGACCGUGAUAAAAUGAAGAAAACCUUGUCUGGGGGGCCGUCAGAGGACACUCCCAACACCACCGUCAUUCAGGAGUCAGUGGAAAUGAGGAAAAUGGAGACCAGCAUCAGCAGCUCCAUCACCAUCCCUGACUCAGGACUGGAGAGUCAGAGCAGAGCGGCCUCCAUGCCUCGACUCAGUGCUGAGACCCAGUCCGUCCAUCACACCAGCCCGAUGAGGCACUCGGCCUCCGCCGCGGGGCCCCAGCGGAGGCCCCCAGAGGGGACCCUGCAGGAGCCCGACCCGGAGAAACCUCGGCAGGAGCGGGUCCACCACCAUCACCACCACCACCGCUGCCACCACCGCCGAGACAGAGACAGAGACAGAGAGAAGAGGCAGAGGUCUCUGGACAUGCCUCUGGGGGGUCAACUCCCUGGCUCCGCUGGAGUUCCAGGAGAGCCGGUACCUGACCCAGCUGCUGCCAGAGACCCGGCCCCGGACCGCGGCCGCUCCCAGGACAGGAAACACCACCACUCCUCUGCAGACAGGCAGCGCUACUACUCCUGCGACCGCUACUGCGGCCGGGAGCACUGCUCCACCAAGUCUGCUGCCGCCAGCUGCGCCGUCUCCCCCAGCGAGGGCCCGGAGCCCAGGAACCCGCAGGGCAGUGGUUGGGUUAAAGACGGUGUGGUGGCUCUGAACUCCAGUUCUAGCGCACCGAGCCGUGGACGUCGGCAGCUCCCGCAGACCCCGCUCACCCCGCGACCCGGCGUCGCAUACAAGACUUCCACUUCCUCCCCAGUGCACAGCGUGUCCAGCCAGGCGUCUUGGAUCCCCAGCCGGCUGAGCCGCGACCUGUCGGAGCACACGGCCCUCCGCCACGGCGGCUCCCACCACUCCCCCUGUCCCGUCACUCGGAUCUGCUCCGAGCCCUUCCUGGGCCGGGGCCAUGGAGAGACCCCGGGCAGCCCCCACGGCAGCCUCCAGGACCAGUUGGAUGUCUUCCAGGACACGCCGUCACACUCCCCCAGCUCCAGUGCCGGGAGUUCAUCUCGGACCACACUGCCUCGCGCCAUGGGAGCCCUACUCCCAACUCUUGGUGUAGAGCUUGACGUACCCAACGGGUACCACUUCAGUCUUGGGGCUGACACCAGCUCAGGCUCUGGCACCAAGGUCCGGAGGUACAGGAGGUAGAGGAGGGUGAAUGGUGCUAGCAUGGCUUUAAACGUACCUUUUUUAAUGCAUUUUUGGAAGAUUUGUGAUGAGUUUUAUCAUCUUCUUUAAAGGCUUUCGUUUACAUUGUCACUGUGUGUUUGAUGCUGAAUUGUAACCCAAAUGUGGAGAGUGAAGGAUGAAGAACACAUGUGAAGAGGGGGAUGCUUUAUAAGAAUCCUCUCCACCAAAGAGCACGUAGCAUUACCAAACAGAAGAGCGAUCUGCGAUAGCCCUCCUGAGAUAUCCGACCAUGGCUGUUCUCGCUUUAACUCCAGUGUUUUGUUGACACCACCAUUUUAAACCAAACCAACAUGACAUGACCUGACGUAGCCACUUUAUACAUUCAAGCAUAACACACCAGGACUCUGGAAAUGGGAGAGGUCCAUGGACGUGGACAUAGACGACUGGCCGACUCUCACCUAAAGGUUCAAGCUCUUUUCAGGCAAAGCCUUCAGGCAAAGUACUGACGUAUUUGCUGUUUUAUUCCGGAGUGACUGGUUUGUCAUUCACACGACGGUUCUCGUGCUACACCUGCUGCCUUUUUCCAUCUUUGGGAAGGUGGGGUUGUGCUCUGUGCAGUUAACUUUUUGGACAAAUAGCAGUUUAUAAAAACAAUUACCAGUGUGUCCCAUGUUUCACCCUCCCAUUUGGAGGCGACACAAAUGUUCCCCUUGUGUGAGACAAGUAUGUCAGCAAACAGCCAGCAGACACAGACACGAGCACUCAUUAGAGCAUGGGUUUUUGAAUACGACCAAAGGCCUGGUCUUAUUCUAAUUUGAAAGCUUUCCACAGGAGUUAACAGCAAAAUGCUAAAUUAACAGUAAUGUAUCCAAAUUAAUAUGGACAACUUGAAAUUUGAAAAACUGCAUGUUGGCGUAUAUAACAGGAAACUAGUGAGCACACCAGUCGUGGUGAAUGUCAGCUACUGUGACUACUGCCAUGCUGUUUCUUUAGCCUUCUGCCGGCCAGUUUUCCAUAAUCCUCUCAAAUGUGGGUUGGAUCUGGUUUGCAGACUGACGGACGCUCGUCUGCUCGCGUAGCCUCGUGUCUGUUUCACAUGUCCGGCACCAGCGGUGAAUUGUUUCAGCCAUUCCAGAGUAUUCCAGCUGUUUAGCUGACUUCACACGGCAUUGCACCAUUAUUCACGAGAAGCUUCUUUUCUUAUCCGACUGAACAGUGACGCGUCAUUUGAGUUCAGAUUGGAAUAUUUACGACACUUCCGUACCAACUCUCCGCGGACACUUUCUGGAGAUUUUCUGGCGUUUUUUCCGAAGACUUUGCCAAAAGGCUCCAGCUCUUAGCAGCCUUUCAUUAGGACUCGUCUCCACCAGCUGAUCUGUGUCUGCUCCACUGAGAAGCGUCUUCAGUAUAACAGUGGUCACUCUCCCCGGUACGACAUGGCCUUCAGCUUACACCUCAUUAUUUUGCUUAUCGUAAUUAUACAAAUAUUUAUUAGUGCAGCUUUAAAAAGACACCUUGUAGGGUUGUUUUAUAAUUAUUCCGAUCUUCGCUAAAGAUGUCAGCAGAUUCCGAGACAGCCGUGGUGGUGUGUAGUGUGUGGCAGAUAUUUGUCCAGGGUUGAUCCGUCCCCGGUUUUACAGGUUUGUACCUCAGAGGUCGGUAGUUUGUGGGUUUACUGUGCAGUCUGGCCCCAAUCCAGCGUGAGGAGGAGACAGAAGUGCUGGCCAGACGUGUUUUUAAUGAUUCAGACUCAUCAGGCGUGUUGGAGAUGCAGUUAUACCCAGUACUGGAGUUGAGGGGGGAUGAGGGGGGAUGGCAUCCCCCCUGAAAUAAAAACGGUCCAAAUCAUCCCCCCUGUAAAACUGCCAUCCCCCACUUUCCAUCCCUUAUGUCAUUUCAUCAAUAAAUGUGGUUUUACUGCUAUUUCAACAUUUAGAGUCAUCACCAGAAAAAUAACACCAGAAAAAUAACUUAUUUGACAAUUUUCGCCUGUUU